CCUCCAAUGUCCCACGACAUGCUUUCUAGCCUCAUGCUGAAGCACAUUAGCAACGCCGUUCUGAUUAGCGAGCGGACGUGUAGUGUGCUGUCCUGAGGCCGACACGACAACGAUCAUAAGCUUAACCCGCAGCUGUCUCUCCCAUGUGUAAUCACCACAUUUCAGCCUCAUCUGGGCAUCCGAGAGUGAGACGUCGGACUUCUGUUCACUAGCUUCGUACCUGUCUCACAAGCGAUCUUCUCCUCAGGCUGUGUACGGAUAAAUUCUUGGUAGUAAUUACAUCAGCUGCGUGCAAUCAUACCUCAUCCGAAUCUAGGCAUGGCGACUCAAAGCCAGGUAUAUGUCGGCCAUGCAGCAAUAGCUGCUACACACCAACUCCCGCUAGAUACUUACCUUGGCCUUUUCGACAAUAUAUUUAAUUCUGAGGACUUUAUACAUUGGCGUUCAGACGGUAGGUCAUGGCAGCUUCAUUAUAUCGGUGGUCCCGGUUCAGGAAAGACGACACUGUCUGCAAUCGCUGCACAGUACCUUCGUGAUAUGAAUGGUUCAAGAAAUGUCGGUGUUGCCACAAUCUUUAUCCAAAAGGAUGUGGCUUUCCGAGACCAGACUUUCAUACAAGCAUUUCUGGAGAGCUUAUACCACCAGUUAUCGUAUGAGCGCGACGAUGGCGGACUAGCUACAGGCGCCUUUCUCUCGUACAAACAGGCACUGGACGUCAAGCCCGCGAGAUCAAUGGCCCACCGACUUAAGUUGCUCCGUAAGGCUGUUUAUCCGCUCAUCAUGAGCCUCCAGAGAGCUUUUCUGGUCGUAGACGGAAUCGACCGCUGCCACCAGUCAGUGACUGAUCAGCUGGAAGCCGAGCUUUCGCGGCUUCAGCAUUACGGACUCUCCAUAAUGACCACUUCCCGGUUUCCACAAUACAGAUCUGGCCAAGCCAUGUACUGCGAUGCUCCUGAUCAUGAUUUACACAGCCCGCCAGAUGUACCCGUAACAGUCUUCUGGGGUUGCAAAUGGUGUUGGGCCUCGUCCAAAUACACGAUUUGCCAGCAGUGCAAAGAGAACGGUGACCUGUGUAAUAAUUGUCUCGACGGCGGUCUCUUGUUCGAACCAUCUGAGCGUCUAGAAAUUGACUUCGCUGUCUCAGACCGCUCGAUGAGAUCAUUUGUCUCGUGGGACCUGGAAAGAGAGCAUGGUGACAUCAACUUGAAGUCUGCCAACGAUCGGAAACCACCUCUUUCCGCACUGGGAAGAUCUCUGCGCGACAAGCCAAACGCAACGGAAGAGCUUAUCGAGAAGAUUGUGGAAAGAGCCUCGGGAAACAUCACGAUAGCCAAGCUGGAUCUGGACUCGUUGGCAAAUGUGCAGUCGGUAGAAGCAGCUAUAUCGAGCUUUGCUGGCGAUCGACUUUCCAACAAUAUUCUUGCACUGUUUGACGACGUGUUGGAGCGAAUCAAGCAUUUGACUGAACACGAGCGACACAUCACCCUAGCGUCUAUCUUGUCAGCCGUGCAUGAAGAUCAUGGUGCACGAUUUCAAGACAUCGAAAAGUGGAUCCGAGAGUCAAGAUUAGAAUCUGAUGCACAAGGGCAUGCUCGCCUGACAGUCGAGGAAAUCCUUCGAGCUGCUCGCGGAUUUCUUGGACUGAGCAACUGCAAAGACCAGCUGAUCUACCCGUAUCAUGAGAUGCUCAAAUUGUAUGCAGACGAGCACUAUGACGAGGCUCUGUUUUGGGAACAUGCACACAUGCGAUUUGGUAGGAUGAAAAGGUCGGAAACAGUUGACCCGAGUGCACCAGGACGCUUUGGUUCCAAUGCUCCUCGACAGAUGAAAGCAUGGGGAGGCUCACGUGGAGCUAUACGCGGUGCGUUGAAGUCUGGUGACGCGAAUAUUCCUGCUUGGAGUGCUGAAAGGACGGUGGCAUGGCAAGAAGGAGUGCGGAAUGCUUUGGUUCAGGACCUUCAGGUCAAGAGAAGACCCCAGGGCGUACCAAAAGACAUACGCAACUUACGAAGACAGCCGACGAUGUGGUAACACAAACUGCAUCUUUCCGCUUCACCGUGUAUUCAAUGAGAAAGAUAUCAGUAGAUUGUAGAAUAUAAAUGAUAUACUGGC